GGAAGGUGGCGGGCGACAUGCAUGUUUUCUAGUGAUGCUAGGUACUUUGCUGAACGUUUGAAGCUGAAGGCUGCUGAGCCUCGUCGUGCCUCUGCUCUCAGUCCAAACUUUAUUGGCUGCUGAGUUGUCUCCCCGCAGCCCCGGAUCGCCCACAUUCAUAGGCUUUCCUCGUAAGCCCCGCCCUCCCUCUCUUCACCUCUCUGCCCUAAACAACGCUGCUUUCCUGUCAUCACCUUCUUCUCCAAACUCAUCCUCCUCCUCCUCCUAUAUUCUCGGGGCAGCAGACCGGGGAGCGUUUAACUCUUUCCUCAGUUUUAACCACCUCGGGUGCUUUUUUUUUUUUUUCCCUUCCUUUUCCUCCUCUCUCCCCUCUCUCUGGCCAGAUGGAAGACUACCACAAACCGGACCAGCAGACGGUGCAGGCGCUCAGGAACAUCGCCACGCGCCUCCGGAUCAACUCCAUCAGGGCGACCACUGCAGCGGGCAGCGGUCACCCCACAUCAUGUUGCAGCGUGGCAGAGAUCCUGUCCGUGCUCUUCUUCCACUCCAUGAAGUAUCGACCCGACGAGCCGCGGAACCCCAACAAUGAUCGCUUCAUCCUCUCUAAGGGUCACGCAGCUCCUGCUCUGUAUGCCAUCUGGGCAGAGGUGGGCUUCCUGAAGGAGAGCGAGCUUCUGAACCUCCGAAAGGUCGACUCCAUCCUGGAAGGACACCCAGUGCCGAAGCAGCAGUUUGUGGACGUGGCCACUGGAUCCCUGGGUCAGGGGCUGGGGGCCGCCUGCGGGAUGGCCUACACUGGCAAAUACUUCGACAAGGCCAGCUACCAGGUGUUCUGCCUGCUGGGAGAUGGGGAGCUGUCGGAGGGCUCGGUGUGGGAGGCCAUGGCCUUCGCCUCCUACUAUCAGCUGGACAACCUGGUGGCCAUCUUAGACAUCAACCGUCUGGGCCAGAGCGAUCCAACUCCACUGCAGCACCAUGUGGAGAAGUACCAGCGCCGCUGUGAGGCUUUUGGCUGGCAUGCCAUCAUUGUGGACGGUCACAGUGUGGAGGAGCUGUGUAAGGUUCUGAAUCAGUCCUGCCAUCAGCCACUCGCCAUCAUCGCCAAGACCAUAAAGGGGAAAGGUAUUUCAGCGGCGGAGGAUAAGAUGGGCUGGCAUGGCAAAACUCUGCCCAAAGACGUGUCCGACGGCGUGAUCAGGGAGCUGCAGAGCCGCAUCGUCAGCUGCAACAAACGCCUCUAUCCUGCCCAGCCCAGCGAGGACGCGUCGCCCGUCAGCCUCCGCAACAUCCGCAUGCCCAACGCACCCAGCUACAAACCCGGAGACAAGAUUGCUACCAGGAAGGCGUACGGCGCGGCUCUGGCCAAACUGGGCCGUUACAACGAGCGCGUGGUGGUUCUGGAUGGAGACACCAAGAACUCAACCUUCUCUGAGCUCUUUAAAAACGAGCACCCCAACCGCUACGUGGAGUGCUACAUCGCAGAGCAGAACAUGGUGAGCGUGGCGGUCGGGUGUGCCGUUCGAGACCGAAACGUGGUGUUUGCCAGCACCUUCGCCACCUUCUUCACUCGAGCCUAUGACCAGCUGCGCAUGGCCGCCAUCUCCGAGAGCAACAUCAACCUGUGUGGCUCGCACUGCGGCGUCUCCAUCGGUGAAGACGGACCCUCUCAGAUGGGCCUGGAGGAUCUGGCCAUGUUCAGGGCCAUUCCCACAGCAACCAUCUUCUACCCAAGCGACGGCGUUUCCACUGAGAAGGCUGUUGAGCUUGCAGCCAUGACCAAAGGUUUGUGUUUCAUCCGAACAAGUCGCCCAGAGAACAACAUCAUCUACAACUCCAACGAAGACUUCCACGUUGGACAGGCGAAGGUUCUUUAUAAAACCAACGAUGAUCACGUGACUGUGAUCGGAGCGGGAGUUACUCUCCACGAGGCUCUGGCUGCCGCUGAGACGCUGAAAAAAGAGAGAAUCAACAUCCGCGUGAUAGACCCGUUCACCAUCAAACCCCUGGACUCCAAGACCAUCAUUGAGCACGCCAGGGCCACCAGAGGACGCGUGAUCACAGUGGAGGACCACUACUACGAAGGGGGUCUAGGUGAGGCCGUGUGUUCUGCCUUGGUGAACGAGCCCGGCUUCACCGUUCAGCGCCUGGCGGUCUCUCGGGUGCCCCGCAGCGGCAAGCCCCACGAGCUGCUUCGGAUCUGCGGCAUCGACCGCGACGCCAUCGCCCAGGCGGUCAGGAAGCUCCUCAGCAGCUUUGCCAACGCCAAGUAAAGAUGUGUGCAGCAGCAGGAAGCAGCCACCGGGACGGACUCUGUGCUAACCUGGGAUCACCGUGAAAACGGAUGUCAAAUAAGAAGGGAAGCAGCACCUCAUUUGAUCCAAAUAAAAGAUGUUUCUCUAACUGUUGUGAUCAGACACCUGGCUGCUGCUGCUCUUCUGUUUGUUUGUUUUUUACCUGAUCACUUCGAGUCAAGUAAACACUCUUUCACUCACAGAUCUUCACCCUGUUAGUGUUUUCUUUUCCUCUAAAAACAAAAAUACAAAGUUCUGGUUCUGCAAUAUUGUUUUUGAGUAAAAAGCAGUGAAUGUGGUUCAGAGUUAAGUCUUUUUUUUGUAUCGUUUCUGUCUCAUAUGUCUCAGGCUCGGUGUGUUUAAAUCUCACCCCUCUCUCCCCAGAGGCCGGCAGGUCUGUGCUGAAUCUGUGGUUUGAUCUGUUUGAACACUUAACUGGUUUUAACUCUUCUGGUUGUGCUUGGGACUGCUUCACACAAAUAAAGGGAUGGUUUCCGCACA